UGAAGUGACUGUGCAAUUUAGGUUUGCUUUCUGAUGUCAACAGUCCAGAGUUCAAAGCCUUUAAAGAAACAAAGCCAGUCACUGGUGAUCCUUUCACAGUCAACAGAUAAAAGUCAUUUUCCUUCUGCUCUGUUCAAUGCUUUAUUUCUGGAAGAGAUAUUAAAUAAUCAGCAAGAAAGAACCAUAAAGCCCUGUUAUUAUGGAAAAAGCAGAAAAUGCAGCAUUAUUCAACUAUAAAGGGUAUAAUUUACAAAAAGAAUUAAUGAAACUUGAUUUCCUUGAAGCAGCAGAAGAUUUGGAAACCAGGGAUAGUGAUAUAUUCGUAAUCACUUAUCCAAAGUCUGGAACUCUCUGGACCCAGAAUAUUGUAUGCUUCAUUUUGUAUGAAGGCCAUCGGAAUGGAACAGAAAAUAUUUGUAUAUCACAUCGGUGUGUAUCCAUAGAAUACAACAUACACAAUGUGGAUAUCACCCAGAUGCCAUCACCUCGUGUCAUCGCGUCCCAUCUGCCAUAUUACCUAGUUCCCAAGAAACUGAGGGCCAAAAAGGGAAAAGUGAUUUAUGUGUACCGAAAUCCAAAAGACGUUUUAGUGUCCUUUUUUCAUUAUUGUAACUCGUUCCGUAUAUUGGGAAAUUCAAGUAAUUUGGAGGAAUACAUGCAAAGUUUUUUAUCUGGAAAUGUUAUUGGCAGUUUGGUCUUCAAUCAUGUGAAAGACUGGUAUACACAUCAGAAUGAAUUCAAUAUUCUCUUCCUGUGCUAUGAGGAAAUGAUCCAGGAUCUCAGAGGCACAGUACUUAAAAUAUGUAAAUUUAUUGGAAAAGAGCUGAGCAGCCAGGAAGUGGAUAAAGUUGUGGAGAUGUCUACAUUCAAGAACAUGAAAGCUGAUCCUAGGGCAAAUCUUGUGAAAACAUAUGAAGAGUGUUUUGGACAAAAAAACGUAAAGCAUAUACGCAAAGGAACUGUUGGAGACUGGAAGAAUAUUAUGACAGUAUCGCAAAGUGAAAGGUUUGACAAUAUUUUUCAAGCACAAAUGAAGGAUAUACCUCUCAAAUUCAUUUGGGAUAUAAAAGAAAUACAAUCUACUCAGCAUGGGAAGCGGCAGGAACCUCUCCAGGAGGACAAAGAGCAGAAAUGUUCAACACAACCAUAAUACGUAUAUGCACAGUAGUUUAAGAUAUCACAAUACACCUAUGUAUUUUCUGUAUGUACUUAUGUGUAUUGUGUGCAUAACUGCUUUCGUCUCAAAGUUGUUUCCUGCUUUCCUGCACCCUUAAAAAAAACAUGGCUUUCGGUAACCCCAUCUUUUUCUUUUUCAAAAUAUUGAAAACAUCCUAUAAUUUAUCACCACAAAUGGGUCAAGAUAUACCAGAAUGAUUUCAUAAAGAUUUUUCAACAGAAAGAAAUGCUUUGGAGGCUGUGAGAAAUGACUUUUGUAAUGAGUAGAGAAUAAAGAUAUGCUAAUCAAUUUUUUUAAUGGGUCAACAUAAUGGUUGCUUUGAUAAUGGGAAAACUAUUUUGGAACAGCACCUUUAUAUAUCUUGGAUAUAUUAAUUUUGUAUUGCUCGAUUUUAUAAAAAAGAUGAAGUUAGGGAAAAAAUACUUAGCACAUUUGGUUACUUACAUCCUACAUCCAACAACUUUAAGUAAAACUUACUCAUGAUGUAGAGGCCAAGUCAGAGGGUACAGCUGAUCAGUUUUCUCUAUAGCUCUAGUUUAAUAAUAAGUUUAAAAAUUAAUGUGCAGUUGAUAUCAUAUGGAUUUAUUUUUCCUCUAAAUUCUUCCUUCUCUUUCCAUAUAGUUUCUUGCCAAACAUUAUCAUUCUUCUUCCUUUAUUUGAUCUGCCUCACUAAUAAAAUUAUUCAAAAAUUA